UUUUUUUUUACUUCUCUCUCUCUGUCUCUUAAAUAAAAUGAAAUUUGCUUUAUUUGUCUAUUUAAUUGUUUCUCGGCUUGUUACAGCUGCUGCUAUUCCUAAUGAUCGUCAAUAUCGUCUGGAUGUGUUUGACUCUAGAUUGUGCCUUAGUGUUGGUAGUUGUAGAUAUACUUGCGUUACUGGAUUCUAUAACAACACAUCAGCCACAGUACCGAAAUACAAACCAAAUAUUUGUCCUGAUAGGAAUGAUUACACCAUGACACUUGUCUAUGCUAAGCAGAAUCAUUCACGCAUGCCUGAUUACCUUGUCAAUUCUUUUGCUGCUAGAAUCCCUUGUGCAUACGGAGGAAAAGCUGAGGACGGACAUGACUAUUAUCACUGUCCUCCUCUGUUAUCUGUCUCCAAGGUUCUCAAAAUAAGUCCUGUUCAUUUGUUUAAACAGCAGAUAUAGAAAAAGAUCUCAAGACAAUAAAUAUCAAUAAAAUAUAUUAUUUUAAUUUU